UAGGAUGGUCUGUACAAUUCACCGACCUCGAUGCCUCCCGGCCGCCCUUUAACUGACCUGUGGGAACUCCACCAUGUCCCGGGCCACGCCCCAGGGCGCCCCCAGAGCCCAUCGCCCCAAAGUCCUGCAUCCAGGACGCUGUCACCAGGCCCUGCGCCUCUGGGGAGUUUCCACUCUGCGACUCCCUGGCCGGAGCCCAGGAGCAGCCGGGCCCAGGCCGCGUCCCCGGCUUGUCCCCGCGGAGGUCAUGAGGUCCCCACGGCCCGGGCCAGGUCACCGGACAGCCCCGGGUGCCCCAAGAGCUCCGGCCGCAGCUCAGCUGGGACCAGCCGCCCGCGGAGCCACGCCUCCCCGAGCCGCCCCCAAGUUCCCGCAGGAGGAACUGGCUACAGACACUUCCCGACCGCAGCCGCCGGGCGCACAGGCGCCGCGCAGACCGUGACGCGCCCAGGGUUCGCGCUGGCUCGGACCCGACCAGACCCCGCUCCUCCACCGCCGCCCCGCAGGGACCCCGGCGCGCCGUCCUGGUGCCCGGGGCUGCGCUUCCCGGGAGGGCCGCACACCGAUGCAAACUGAGAAGGAGUUUCCGAUUCCGGAGCCUGAGCACACCUCGGGGUCAUGGGAAGGUCACGCUGUGGAUUGUGGUGAUGGCUUCAACAGUCUGCAGAUGCGGAUCCUGACUCCUGUGAGAAGUAGCUCACCGUGAUAAAGCCACCUUUGCUUUUAUUGCCCUGCAAAAACAAGAAGGGGGACAUGCUGGUGAUAGGCCCCAAAUCUGGCCAUUUAAUGGCCCCAAACUGGCUGCAAAAGUGGCCAUAAACAAAAUCUGCAGCACUGUGAUUUGUUCAUGAUGGCCAUGAUGCCCAUGCUGAAGGUUGUGGGUUCACCGGAAUGAGGAGAAGGAACACCUGGCCCACCCAGGGCAGAAAACCGCUUAAAGGCAUUCUUAAACCACAAACAAUGGCAUGAGCGAUCUGUGCCUUAAGGACAUGCUCCUGCUGCAGAUAACUAGCCAGAGCCCAUCCUUUUGUUUCAGCCCAUUCCUUUGUUUCCCAUAUGGAAUACUUUUAGUUAAUCUAUUAUCUAUAGAAACAAUGUUUAUCACUAGCUUGCUGUCAAUAAAUAUUGACAAUAUUGACAAAUGUUGACAAUAUGGGUAAAUCUCUGUUCAGGGCUCUCAGCUCUGAAGGCUGUGAGUCCCCUGAUUUCCCACUCCACACGCUAUAUUUCUGUGUGUGUGUCUUUAAUUCUUCUAACACCGCUGGGUUAGGGUCUCCCCAACCGAGCUGGUCUUGGCAUUUAACCAACCAGAAUUUUGAAAGCAAUGUUUAUAUAUUUAAAAAGUUUUUAAAAAAUCAAACAAUUUAAAAAUUAACUUGAUAAAAAUUUUGUGACGGAGAAAGAUGUAGAUGAUUUUUAAACCGAAUUUGUUUUGGUCAGUAUUUAGAAGACUGCUGUGUGCACUUGAGCCCCUUCUUCACUGGACAUUGCUGAUUAUUCUGGACACUGUGAGAAUGAAGGAUAGAAGCCAUGUACUUGGCUCUUGUAGAAAUGUAAAAAAUGAGAGGGAAAUACCUCCUGCUUUUCCUCUUCUCUUAUGUUUGGCAGGGGUAAUAACCCUGUCUCCAUAUAACAGGCAUAGUUACUAAUAGCAAUCUCAUCAGCCUCACAGACGGGUCCCUCUCUCGCCCUCAAACCCCAUUCUGGCCUCACCUCAUCCUCCCAACAUCACCUACCAUGUUCCUCCCAUGUAACGUAUUCCAAGUUGUUGUUCAUCUUGGUCAUGUUUUUAAAAAAACCUUUAGGCAAAUUAAGUUGAACAUGAUUUAAUUGAGCAAAGAAUGACUUGCAAACCAGGCAGCUCCCUUAACCAGAAUGGUUCAGAAAAACUCCAUGCUGCUGUGUGGUUGGAGAGGAUUUGUGGACAGAAUCAAGAAAGUAACAUACAGAAAAAAGUACAGAAGUGAGGUACAGAAAAAAGUACAGAAGUGAGGUGCAGAAAAAGUUGCAUUGUGUAUAGCUUGGCAUUUAUCUUAUUUGAACAUGAUGUGAACAAUUGGCCAUCUUUGAUCAGCCAAAGCUCAAUGAUUGGUACAAGAGCAGGCCAUAGUCUAUCUAUACGUCCAGGUAAGUUACAGUUAACUAGGUAGAGAGAACCUUUUAGGCCAAACUUAAAAUAUGUAAGAAGACAGCUUUAGGCUAAACUUAAUUUAACCAUCUCCUCUUUUGGUCAACCUCUCAAUUUUGUGUGUGACCAAAAUGUAGGGCUUUAGUGCUACUCUGAGUCACUAUCAUGUUGGGCUUCUGGUCUCAGCAAAUCAUUCAUAGAUUGUGGUGCUUUCGUGAUUGUAAAAAGUAAAGUAGAGGUUCCUCUUCAAAGACUUUCCU